CUUAUGAUGAGGCUUUUGCUAUGGGUAAUGAUCCCUUGGAAGGCUUCCAUGAAGUAAACCUUGCUUCGCCUACUUCUCCGGACCUUCUUGGUGUGUAUGAGUCAGGAACUCAAGAGCAGACUACCUCACCAAUUGUCAUCUACCGGCCACACCCUUCAGCUUUAUGCUCUGUAUCUAUCCAGGCAAAUGCGUUAGAUGUUUCUGAACUUCUCACACAACCCGUGUAUUCAUCCCCCAGACGUUUAAAUUGUGCGGAAAUAUCUAGUAUCAGCUUUCAUGUUACAGACCCAGCACCUUGUUCUACCUCUGGAGUCACAGUUGGGUUAACUAAAUUAUCUACAAGAAAGGACAACUAUAAUGCAGAGAGAGAGUUUUUACAGGGUGCUACUAUAACAGAGGUUUGCGAUGGCAGCGAUGAUAUUUUUGGGUUGAGUACUGAUAGUUUGUCUCGUUUACGAAGCCCAUCUGUUUUGGAAGUUAGAGAAAAGUGCUAUGAACCACUAAAAGAAGAACUUGCAAAAGCUCACAGGGAACUGAAGUUAAAAGAUGAAGAAUGUGAGAGGCUUUCAAAAGUGCGAGAUCAACUUGGACAGGAAUUGGAAGAACUCACAGCUAGUCUAUUUGAGGAAGCUCAUAAAAUGGUGAGAGAAGCAAAUAUCAAGCAGGCAACAGCAGAAAAACAGCUAAAAGAAGCACAAGGAAAAAAUGAUGUACUUCAAGCUGAAGUAGCUGCAUUGAAGACACUUGUAUUGUCCAGUUCUCCAACUUCACCUACACAGGAGCCUCUGCCAGGUGGAAAGACACCUUUUAAAAAGGGGCAUACAAGAAAUAAAAGCACAAGCAGUGCUAUGAGUGGCAGUCAUCAGGACCUCAGUGUGAUACAGCCAAUUGUGAAAGACUGCAAAGAGGCUGACUUAUCCUUGUAUAAUGAGUUCUGAUUGUGGAAGGAUGUGCCCACAAUGGACAGAACGUGUCCUUUUUUAGACAAAAUCUACCAGGAAGAUAUCUUUCCAUGUUUAACAUUCUCAAAAAGCGAGUUCGCUUCGACUGUUCUGGAGUCUGUGGAAAACAAUACUCUAAGCAUUGAACUAGUGGGAUUACAACCUAUCCGGUUUCUGAAAGUUUCUGCAGUUGAAUGUGGCGGACCAAAAAAAUGUGCUCUUACUGGCCAGAGUAACUACUGUAAACACAGAAUUAAAUUAGGGGACUCAAGCAACUAUUAUUAUAUUUCUCCUUUUUGCAGAUACAGGAUCACUUCUGUAUGUAACCUUUUUACAUACAUUCGAUACAUUCAGCAGGGACUCGUGAAACAGCAGGAUUUUGAUCAGAUGUUUUGGGAAGUUAUGCAGUUGAGAAAAGAGAUGUCACUGGCAAAGUUGGGUUAUUUCAAAUAAUAACCCAAUAAUAAAACUCUGAUGCUCUGCGUGGGACCAUGCGUGAACUCCUUAAAUAACUGAAAAAUGGCUGAAUAUUUUUAUGGUUACUUGAUAUUUAUUUCCAGAGAGUGGGCCUAAGACUUUUUUCCCUUUUGCAAAUUGUUCUAAGAAAUACUAUGAUUUCUUUUAAACUGACCUAUGCUGUGUUUGCUUAUUCUUCAGUUGAACACACUAUGAAGAAUUACAGGUGUACUAGUGAAUGUAAUUUAUAGUUGCAAAAAACAAAAAAAAACCACCGGAAAUAAAUAAAUGUU